UCUCUACUAAGCCGCCAACAAAUACUGCACGCUCGCACAGGCCAAAAGCGCACAGUUCAGUCGUGCACAAGAACAGAGCUGGUGUGUGUGCGUGGCUUCGUGCUCGCUGCUCGGCCGGCCGGGCGACAUGGCGAGGACUCUGCUCCAGCCCAAGGCCGAUGGCGCAGCCGCGUUCGUCCGCGCCGGAGCGCCGGCGGCCUCCGUCGUCCUCCUCGUCGCCGUCGUCGUUGCCGCGGCGGCCGCGGUCGUCGUGUCCCUCUGCACGAGCGGCAGGAACGCCAGGCCGCGGAAGCAGCGGCGGUCGUCCCUGGCGCCGGCCCCGCAGGAGCAGCAGGACAGCGGCGCCGGCGCCGGCGCCGGCGCCGGCAGGAGGAGCAAGCCGCAGCUGCUCACCAGCCUCAGCGGCAUCGGCGUCAAGGCGGCCGCGGUGGCCAAGAUGGUCUCGUGGAACCGGCGCUCGCCGCCGGCGUCGGCAGGGUGGAGCAGCGACGACGACGACGAGGUGGCCGCGGAGGAGGAAGAUGCCCUGUGGAAGAAGACCAUCAUCAUGGGCGGCAAGUGCCGCCCGCUCGAGUCCUCCGGCCACAUCGCCUACGACUCCGACGGCAACCCGCUGCAGCCGCCACCACCGGCGCCGGUCAAGGACGCUGCCGACGAGGCUUAGCUUAACAACGACGCGUGCGUACGUAUGUGCGCGCGCAGUUGGGACUUGGGAGUUUGAUUCGCCAGGUGUCUUGAGGUGUUGCCACGUCAACUCGUCCGUGGCUGUAGCCGUGCGUGCCAGCUAGCUUGAGUGCUUGCCCUGUGUCUCCACGGAUUUCUGAUAACCUCGUCGAGUCGAAGUGGCCACCCGUAGGGCCGUAUCGAUCUGAUGAAGCGUCUCUCUCUUUUUCUUGAAGCAGAAUCAAAUUGAUUGCGUCUCGUGAUCAUAUUUCUUUUGAAAUAGCAUACUGAAUCAGACUGAAGUAUUUACGCACACCCUAUGAAUGUUAGAGAUUUAAGCACUUUUGGAUAAACUUCAGAGAUUCAAGCACUUUUGCAUACACUAAAGUUAAAUGCUAAA